UUUCUCAAUAUAAAUAAACAACUCGUGAAAAUUUAUGCUAAUUUAUUUUACGUAUUCUUGUGAGAAUAGGAUGAUGAACUUGUGGAAAAUGAGAAUUAAUUGCUUAUUUUUAAUUACUCUUGGAUUAGUAAUAUCAGUGAACUGUUUGAAAUUACCAAAUUAUAUAACAGCAUGUUCACGAUCAGAUCCAAAUUUAAACGAGUGUGCUGUGAAAAAUGCAAAUGAUGCUAUAUCAGAGUUAGUUAAAGGUGAUAAGAAAUAUCGCAUACCAGCAUUAAAUCCAUUAGUGAUCCCAGAAAUUUUAAUUGAUUCAAAUGGCCAAUUAAGAAUUCAAUUAAAUAAUGUACAUGUUUAUGGAUUGAAAAAUACUGUAGUUACUCAUAUGGAUAUAGAUUUAAAAAACCAAGUUUUGGGCGCAAGUGUUUCUAUACCCCAUUUAAAUAUCCAAGCUGAUUAUGAUGUUAAGGGUAGGAUAUUAGUGUUGCCAAUUAACGGAGAAGGGCCAGCCAAUAUUACAGCAGUGAAUGGCGUGUAUACAAUGCACUUCAAGUAUAGUUUAUUUGAAAAAAAUGGCGUCAAAUAUGGCAAAAUUCAUGACGAUAGCAUUGAAUAUCACAUUAAGAGAGCAUAUUUUUAUUUGGAUAACCUUUUCAAUGGCAAUAAACAGCUAAGUGAACAAAUGAAUCAAAUAUUAGAUGAUAACUGGAAUGAAGUAUUAAAAGAUUUGGGACCAGCAAUUACUACUGCUGUAAGUGCAAUAGUUAAGCAAAUAUUUACGGCUGUAUUAGAUCAUGUACCAUACGAUGAAAUAUUUCUUCCAUAAUUUUGAUAAUUAUUCAUCAAUU